GCAUAAUUUGUCAUUUUUACAAUAAAAUGUUUACUUUUACUAUUUAAGUGUGAAUAUUUGUAUUUUUAAAUACAUUGUUAGUUUAUUUAAUAAGAGCAAUAUAUUAAUAACCCCGUUUUUAUAUACUGUUUUGUAAUUGCAUAUAGAAAUUUGUGGACAGCACUCCUAAACACUAUUCUACCUCAAUAGUGUUAAAUUUUAAUGGAUAAUUCGCUUGUAGUGAUUAAAUCUUAUUUGAAUCGUUGCUGGAAUGAUGAAAAGCUAAAAUCACUGAGGUGGGACUUCAGAAACCUGGUACUAAAUAAUAAUGGAAGCUCAAGACUGUCAAGCAGAUAGUACAGACAAAAUUGAUACCGAUAUACCAAUUAAAGAGGAAGAUGCAAGUCAUGUUAUAGAAGACAUCAAAACAGAUAUAUAUGACGCCAAUGAACUGGUCAAUUUAUAUGAUGACACAGAUGUGGAUAUCAAAGCGGAGUUCAGUCCAGUUUUUGAACAGGUGGAGGUAGCACAGGACAAGGAAUUGAUAUCUGAAACAUUAGUUUAUGAGGAGCCGCUGCACUUUGAUGGGAUCAAGAGUGAAGAUGAGAUUGACGAUGAGAUAGACGAUGAAGGAGAUGAUGAAGUCAAUAAUGAAAUGGGUUAUUAUAAUUACAAUGAGGGAAGUUUGGACAGCGAGGAAGCACAGGCUUUAAAUAAUGUCGAGGCCUGUUUAAGAGAUGACAUAGAUGUUAAAAAUGAAUAUGCAGAACCCAUCAAAACGGAAGACAUCAAAGAAGAAAUGGGAAUAACUGUAACGGAAACAAGUCUAAUAUCAAAUAAAGUGAUAAACACAACGUCCACCAUAACAAACGCUCCGGACGGCUUAAUACAGUCACAGACAACCAAGACGCUGGUCAUGGAAAUCCAUCCCAUGGUCCAGGGAAACGUCCCAUACAAUAGAAUAGAAGAAAAGAUAUUGUCGACCAACUAUGACAACGAGCUCGAUGAUUCAUUCCAAUUGAAUUCAAUAACCGGGGAUGUUCUGACGUUGGAGCAGGAAGCGUAUGGCUUACUGAAGACCGAUCAUUACCACCCCGACGAUAGAGACUUCUACUGUCACAAGUGUGAUAAGGAGAAGGAACAUUUGAAGGUUAAAAGUUCAAUGGAGAAGAGGGCUGUGGACAUCAUGAAUGGAUUGGACUUUAAAAUGGAGGACGAGCUGGAUUACAGCUUCGAUAAGAAGCCUAGGUUGGAUGAUUCGGAGACGGAAGUGAUUAAGAAGGAAGGAUACGAGUGCAGUUGUGGAGAAGUUUACAAGCGGAAGAGCAGGAUGUUGACGUGCCUGAGGUCUCACGAGAUGUACGACGACACCGACUGCUUCUCCUGCAACUCCUGCACGAGACAGUUCAAAGACAAACAGCAGUUGAAUCUGCACAGGAAGAGGUUGCAUCGGAAGAGGUUCCCGUGCAAAUUCUGCCCGACGGACUACGAGACCAGGAAGGAGCUGUUCAAACACCUACAGAUACAUCAGAAAGUCCAAUUGAUGGAGUACAAGGUCAUAACGGAAGUCGUGAAGGGCAAACAGAAGUUGAUAUGUUUCAUGUGCUCCAAGUCCUUUUCCGAUCUGUCCGAAUUGAAAUGUCACAUCAUGGACGAACAUAAGGAGCCGUACGUCUGCCAGGCCUGCGACAGUUCCUUCACGAAGAUCAUAGAUUUCUGCGAACACACCAAGAGCUUCCACCCGGAGGUCGAAGGUCAAUCCGUCUUGGACGUCCUAGAGGCGUUCUCCAAACUGGUCCAAGCCUGGAAAUGCGAUGAGUGCAACCUACAAUUCUAUCAAGCUGAUAAGUUCGCUAAACACCAACUGGAAUCACAUGGCUCGGAUUCCAAGGCCAAGGAUCAGUUUCAGUGUGAUGAUUGUUUGAGAGUAUUCGUCAGUCAGAAAGGUCUGACGUCCCACAGGCGGAUCCAUCACAACACGCCGAGCGCCGAAGAGACGGAGGCGAUCCAACAGGGAGUAAUGUGCGUCGAGUGCAGGAAGAUAUGCAAGGACAUGGACGCUCUGACGUCACACAUGCGUUUCCACUCGCCGGACAGGAAGUACCCCUGCAAAUUCUGCGACUUCCGGUUCGCGACACCAGAGAAGAGGAAGGCCCAUGCGGAACUACACACCGGGGACAUGAAAUACGUGUGUUUUAUAUGCGAGUACCAGUGCAGCUCGGAGAACAGGCUCCAGCAGCACAAGCUGUCCGUGAAACACGCCAACAUGAAGGCGUACCUGACCACCGGGAAGCCGAUCAUAGACGAGCCGGCGAGGAGCGACUCGAAAGAGACGUGUAAGAAGAGAAGAGACUCAUCAUCAGAGGACGAGGAGGCCGUGUGCGACGUGUGCGGGCAGGCGUUCAGGAACGAGGACGACAUGCUGGAGCACAAACAGACGCAUCCCUUCAUAGAGUUCCCGAACGAAGACAAGCCUACUAGAAUAUUCUUCAAAUAGCCUUCGGUUGCGAAGCGAGUUAUUUUUUUCAUUGUUUAUUUAUUUCGUCCCUGGCGAGUCGCGGCCGGCGAGUUCACGAAGCGUGUCAUAUAAAGAUAUCACAAAAUCGGUUUUUCUUCAGUUCACAUUUGUUGUUCAUGGAUGUGGGUGAGCGACGCCCGUCUCGGAAACUAGUCUGUUGCGUUAGGACUCUCAUUAGCACAGGAGUGGCGUCUCAGAUGGAAAAUACACUGAGUAUUGUAUAGCAGAUAUAUAUUUGAUUAUGGGGAACGGGCGUGCGAUAUUGUUGACAGCUUUAAAAUUAAUAAAAUUAUAAAACGUACCCACCGGCCGGGUGCCGCGCGGCGAGGAGUCUGUGCGUUAGUAUAUUUACAAAAACUACAACAAGGAAUAAUUUUUAAUUAUAUAAAAAGUAUAGAUUUAUAGGUACGUCGGUCCUCGCUGGACGCUCUCAAUGUCUAGUGGGGUAACUCCAGAAAUGUUGAAUAUAUUUUAAUGUCUCCAAGUGUAUCCUUAGCACGAGCUCGUGUCGCCGAUACGGACAGUUGGACUGUUAACUAAUGAGAUCUAAGACUCGCGAGUGUUCAUUUAAAUUAAAACUAGUAUUGUUGUGAUUACUUCACGUAUUUUAUUAUUUUUUAAAACUACACACUCCGGUUCGGUUACUUUGCAGCAACCGUGAUCACGGGCAGACGGGAUCACGAGGGGAGUAAAUAAAAUACGCGUAGUGAUCCGAAAAAUAUAAGUUUCAGUUAAUUACUGUAAACUGUGCGUGUUGCGAGUCGAUGUAACUCGUGCUAAGGCUACAGGUCACUUUUGUGCUGUCAGCCUCAAUCCAGUGCCUGAUAUAUUAUAUUUAUAGGCAAGGUUAUUAAUAAAAGGCGUAAAUAUAAAA